UUAAUGGUCAUCACAGUCGCGCGACUACAUAAGAUCCCUACACCCAUCGCAGAUCAUAGGAAUCGGAAAUAAUGGAAGCUUCAAGUACCAUACCAUGGCUUCUCUGCAUCUCAGUCGCCACUUUCGUCUUCUACAAGGUCUGCUAUUCAGGCCAAGACAGAUCGCAGGGUAGCUCGACCAACUCGCGGCUGCCGCCGGGACCGACACCCAUCCCUCUCCUCGGCAACAUCUUCCACCUCUCAGGCGAGCUGCACCACGCGCUGGCAAGGCUCGCCGGAGUACACGGCCCCGUAUUCUCAUUGAAGCUCGGCGCCACCACCUGCGUCGUCGCCUCCUCCGCCGCGUGCGCCCGCGACGUCCUGCAGAGGCACGACCAGAUCCUGUCGGCGCCUUCCGUCACCGACGCCGCGCGCGCGCUCGGCAACCACGAGCGCUCCUUCAUCUGGCUGCCGUCCACCAGCCCGCUCUGGAGGCGCCUCCGCGCCCUGUCCACCACCCACCUCUUCUCCCCGCACGGCCUCGAGGCCACGCGGGCCGUGCGGGAGGCCAAGGUGAGGGAGCUGGUCGGCUUCCUCCGCGGCCACGCCGGCGAGGCCGUGCACGUCGGCCGCGUCGUGCGGUCCGGGAUGCUCAACCUCGUGUCCAACGUGCUGCUCUCCCAGGACGUGGCCGACCUGACCUCGGACGCCGGCCAGGUGCAGGAGCUGGAGACGAUGAUCAGGGACAUCCUUGACGAGCUCACCAAGCCCAACCUGUCGGACCUCUUCCCGGCGCUCGCCUCGCUGGACUUGCAGGGCCGCCGCCGGCGGACCGCCAAGCGUAUCACCAGGUUCUUCGACUUCUUUGACCCGAUCAUCCAACGUCGUCUCAAAGAUGGAGGCGAAAGGAAGGAGGAUUUCCUAGAUGUGCUGUUGCAGCUCCACUCGGCGGAUCAGCUGAGCAUUCAGACAAUCAAGUCCUUUCUUUUGGAUCUCUUUGUGGCAGGGACAGAUACCAACUCUCUAACGGUGGAAUGGACGAUGGCUGAGCUACUACGACAACCUGCGAUCAUGUCGAAAGUCCGCACCGAGCUGGAGGAAGUCCUCGGUUCAAAGCAGCACCCCGAUGAAUCCGACAUCAGCAGCCUGCCCUACCUCCACACCGUGGUUAUGGAGACUAUGCGCCAUCACCCGCCAAGCCCGCUACUGAUGCCGCGCAAGGCCAUGGCAGAAGGCGCGGAGGUCGGCGGUUUCUCUGUGCCGAAGGGCGCCAUGGUGAUCAUUAACCUAUGGGCCAUCAUGCGCGACCCGGCGACAUGGACGAAUCCAGAGGAAUUUGUGCCGGAAAGGUUCAUUAAGGUGGACAUGGAUUUCCGGGGCAUGGACAGGUUCGACUUCAUGCCGUUCGGAGCAGGGAGAAGGGCGUGCCCUGGGAUGCCAAUGGCGACGAGAUCUGUGAUGUUGAUCCUCGCGUCUUUGGUACAUGCAUUCGAGUGGAGGCUGCCCGAAGGAAUGCGGCCAUGCGAUGUGGAUAUUAGGGACAGGUUUGGCACAUCUUUAAACAUGGUAACACCGCUUAAGGCUAUGCCAGUGUCAUUGUGGUAGUGAUGCAUCCAUGUGGUUAAGUACGCAGCUCCGAGCAAAGUCAAAUAG